UGAGCCCAGGGAGGGAGUGCUAUUGUUCAGAUGUGUUUAUGUGCCACAUGAGCUCCUCACCUUGGAUUCAUGGUUUCUUUUUAAAAGCAAGCUCUGCUGGAACUGGCAGUCUGGCAAGGAGGGAGGGGGGAAAUGGAAGGGAACAAGCGGCUCAUGAGAGUCAUCCAGGAAAUGCGCUCCGAGAUCAUCAAGCUAGAGAGGGAAAACAGAGCACUUCGUGGGGAACUGAAAUUCGGUGGGCAAAAGGGAUCCAAACAAGAGGAAGGAGCAGAAGAUGAAGCCAAAAAGGAGGAAACCAGGAGCCUUCCAGAUGCAGAUGAUGAGGCCAGCGGUUCUCCCUUGGCACUGCGCAGGAAUGCCUCGGCUGACUCAGCUCUGAUGCUACAGGAGCAAAAAGGCAAUAUUAUGACUGUCAGACGUUAUUCCAUCUCCUCAUCUGUGCCUUCACUGACUGGCAAAAAGCAUUAUAAAUCUGACAAGAGGAAUCCAUUCAAGGGAGCUCUUGAAGUAAAGGGUAUAAUCAAACCACCAGCCUUUCCUACAGAUGUGCAAAUAACCAACAAAGAAGAUAAAGGAUAUUCAAAAGUACCAUCGGAUUGCCUCUCCAGCAGUACACCAAAUAAAAGGCGAUCUUUCCAAGACCAUGUUUACAAAUGCAGGGGUAAAGUAAAGGCCGUCAGUUUCCUGUUACCAGUGGACAUGUCACCUUAUUCAGAAAAUCAAGGUUCUUUCACAUGCCCACAAAAUCAGAACACAAAACAGUUAAGCACCAUUAUUGAAAAGGACAUGUGAGCUGGUGAAUUUUUAAAGGACCAUCGUUGACUCCAGAGAUAAACUAGCCUCAACCAAUAGCUCUGCCUAGGAUUACAUUUCUGUAAAGUGACUUGGCAGAAUGCCUUCGGAGAAUCACUCAGGCAGCAUUUCAGAUCACUCAUUCAUUGCUUAAUGAGGAAAUAAAACUUGUGUCAGCAAGAUCAUCAAAAGCCUAUGCAAGUAGUAUUGGAAACCAAUAAUAACAUAUACCUCUCAAUUGUAUAUUUUUGUUAAUUUCAUGGUUUUUCUCAAAGAUUCCAUUAAACAGCUUUUAAUAUA